GUACCAGGUUAGAGCAGCAAGCAUUACAGCACGUAAGCCUGCACAGGGAGCUGCACGUCUUGCAGGUCUCAGCAGUACCGUACUCCUUACACAACCGCUUGGAAGGACGCACAGCUGCAGCACGUCUGGCCGUUGUAACGUUACAUAAGCUGAUUUUAAAAUGUCGGUAAGGUUACAUUUCAUCCGCUAGUUAUCGGUCUUGUCUGUGAGUAAUUUACACGUAGUCCAGAUGAUAAAACAUGAACCGCAGCAAAGGUGAACCAUUCUGCUAACGUUAACGUCAUGAAGGAGUUUUUGAGGAAGGCACACGGCAUUUUUGUAAAUAUCGCCCUGUUUCCGAGCACAUUUGGCAGGAGAAGCCCACGGCCAGCUGCCUCAGAGGUGUUGACCUGCCACCUGCUGCAGCGUAAACUCCCGCCGUGGACUUCCUACUGUGUCCGCUACAGCGCCGUCCACAAUGACCAGUUUGGACUGUCCAACUUUAACUGGAGAGUCCAAGAAUCCAACUACCACAUCCUGAGAACAGGCUGCUUCCCCUUUAUAAAAUAUCACUGUACCAAAGCGCCUCCACAGAACCUGGACUUCGAAGACACGUUUUUCACCAUGUUGAAAGUUAUUAAUCUGGGCAUCCCUUGUUUGGCCUAUGGCAUUGGUUGCUGGAUGGUGGUGGGAGCUGCAGAAACAGUGCAGACAAGUGUUGGACCCAUCACAGUCUAUUUUGCAUACAAAGAAGACGAAGGCGCACCAUACUAAACCAUGAAGAAAUCACUAUUUUGAAUGUGUUUUCAAGACACUCUUGUCUGCCAAGCUGCUGUAUAUACAACAGUUCCCAAGGUGAUAGCCUGGUGCACCUGUUGACAAAAGUGCCAUAUUGUGUCAUUAAUGCUCCCAUAGUCUGACUGCACAGGUUAAUUUGUGUUUAAUAAUUUAAGAUUUAAAAGUUGCAUUGAAGGAGUCAGUUGUGCAUGUUAUUACACUGACAUAUAAAACUGACAGUGAUUAUUUGGAAAGCUAACUUUCCAUUAAAAUUUCAUGGAAAGUUUCUCAAAUAAUAGACUAUUUAACACUACCUGGAUGUCUAACACUUUCCUGGAUUUUUUCACAGCGUCGUCUGUUAGCAUAUCAGCCUCCAGUGCAUGUGUCUUUAAAGUCAUUACAUUGUAAAAGUAUAUUUUUGCAACGAAUAUUAAAGUGUAUGAACUGACAACAGGUC